CAGAAGAGAGCGGGCCUCGGCCCGAUGGGGGCCCGAUGGGGGCCUCGGGCCGCGGGAGGCCUCGGGCCCCCGCGGUGCUGCGGCAGCCAUGGCGCCCUGCAGAGACCCAGGAAACGCUAGAGACCUCCCAGCAAGGGUCAACCCGCAUUCACUCUUCCUCCUCCUCCUCCUCCUCCUCCUCCGUAGCCAUGAUUGGCUCAAGCUUGCCCGAGCUAGUUUGAAGCCGUAGCUAGUCUGACGCCCCAGUCAGACGUUUGAUGAGCUUCAGAUUCUUGGGCAGCUGCUAUGGGUUCGAGUCUGCUCUGGAGGCUGGCAUGUCGGUAGGGCUCUCGAUAUGGUGCUUCUCGGCCGUGUGCAGUGCUUCUGCUUGCGCAGAUGCCGACAUCUGGACGCCUUUGGCGGUACUUGCUGUGGCGAAUAUUAUCAGAAGUGGCGUGGCUGCAAUGACACUGUACGUCUGCACUGCACGCGUCGAUGUGUGGCGGUCGGUGGUCAGCGCCUAUCUGCUCAGUCUCUCUUAUGCAGUUCUCUUCGGGCAUGCGUGGAUUGUUUUCUGCUGGCACAGGGCUUCUAUCGACGACCGAGCCAGGGAACGUAGCCACAGACCCGAAGCAACCGUUCGCUUUCUGAUUCCGAUGAUCAACGACUUAUCCUCCAUUGUGUGGUGCGUGUGCGUGUUCAGCCUUCGCGUCCCGACGCAGAGUGGCCCGCCGUAUCAUCACGUGGCGUCUUUCGUCGUUCGCGACGUCAAUUUGAAAUGCAUGGACUCGACGUGCGCCAUCUGCUUUGAUAACAUAUCAUCGGGCUGUCUUGCAGGAAGGCUUCCUUGCGGUCAUGUCUAUCAUGACCUGUGCUUGCGAACCUGGCUUUACAAGGCAAACCCUGAGACUCCGUGUCCCAUGCGUUGCUCGGGUGUUGCGAGUUCCAAGAUUGGAUUGUCAGCAGAAUAGCCGCGUCACGUUUCGAGGACCCCCCUCGGAACUUCACAGGUGGCCCUUUGCACCUGAUGAGGCCGAAGUAGACCUCUUGCCGCGCCUGGUAUCGAGGCGGCCGUCUGGCUUCGUGCGACGCUCACAGGCAGCUUGCGUCAUCCACCGCAGAACCAGGCCACAUUGAACACUGUCGUGUCGUCUACAAGAGGAGUAGGAGGAGGAGGGUGCGGCUGUCGCUGCCCGGCCCGGGCGGGAGUGGGUGCGAUGCACGAGCUCUCGCUGCCGCCCCUUUGGGGGCCCUGGCGCAGGGGCCGCCGCCGGGCCCCCCUCCCCCUCCUCCUCCUCCUCCUCCUCCUCCUCCUCCUCGUCUUCCUCUUCUUCCCCGGGGGGCGGGGCGGCGCGAGAGCGCGAAGUUCUUCGCGCUUCGUGCAGCCGCCAUCGUGCCACCACCCCGAGGCCUCGCAGAACGGGUCGCCUCCUCGGUCCAUCCAUGGCCGCUUGCGUUGGCCACUUGGUUGGCAGCGCCUGUCAUUCGCAUCGUCCGUUUCAGCCCGAGCCCGGGGCCACUGCGCGUGUCUUUGCAGCCGUUGCCACAUGGAGGAGCACCGGCACAGCGAGCGGACCUUCGGGCGAUGUCUUCGCGGGGAGAAAAAGCUUUCGUCGGCCACUUCGGU